ACAGCAGAGCAGAGCAGUCGAGCUCCCGGACGCUCCGUGCAAGAAGAUGGCGGUGGAGAUGCUGUCUGGACGCGGGGUCCAACUCUGGAUUCGCACCUAAAAAAAACACACAAAUCCCGAUGGAUAUAAAGGACAAGCAUGGACGCUUUGCUGACUUUUCUUCUUGACGCACGGACGCUUGUGGGGCGGUUUUGAGCCACGAUCUGUCUCGGUACAAAUCCGGGCUUGUUGGCCGGAGACUUUCCCCGCUGAGAGCUCAAGACGGGCGGAAAGUGGACAAAAAUGUCGGAUACAAAGGUCAAAGUUGCAGUGAGAGUUCGGCCCAUGAACCGCAGAGAAAUGGAGCUGAAUACAAAAUGCGUGGUGGAUAUGGAGGACAACCAGACGGUUCUGCACGCGCCGCCCUCCAAUGCAAAAGGAGACAACAGCAGGAAGCAGUCUAAGGUGUUCGCCUUUGACCAUUGUUUCUGGUCCAUGGAUGAAUCCAACGCUCCCAAAUAUGCCGGUCAAGAGGUGGUGUUCAAGUGCCUUGGAGAGGGAAUACUUGAAAAUGCAUUCCAGGGAUAUAAUGCCUGCAUAUUUGCCUAUGGACAAACAGGUUCUGGAAAGUCAUUUUCCAUGAUGGGGAACGGGGAGCAGCCAGGUUUAAUCCCUCGACUGUGCUGCUCGCUGUUCGAAAGGGUCCACCGAGAGGCAAACGAGGGCCAUACUUUUAAAGUGGAAGUGUCCUACAUGGAAAUCUACAACGAGAAGGUCCGCGACCUACUGGAUCCCAAAGGCCGACAGUCUCUGAAGGUGCGUGAACACAAAGUCCUGGGCCCAUACGUGGAUGGUUUGUCUCAACUGGCCGUGACCAACUUUGAGGACAUCGAGGUGCUCAUGUCGGAGGGGAACAAAUCUCGCACAGUGGCAGCCACCAACAUGAACGAGGAGAGCAGCCGAUCUCACGGCGUCUUCAGUAUCAUCGUCACGCAAACACUCUACGAUCUACAAUCUGGGAAUUCCGGCGAGAAGGUGAGCAAGAUGAGUCUAGUCGACCUGGCAGGAAGUGAACGAGUGUCCAAGACGGGAGCUGCUGGGGAGCGACUAAAAGAAGGCAGCAACAUAAACAAGUCUCUGACCACAUUAGGUUGUGUGAUUUCUGCGCUAGCUGACCAGUCUGCAGGAAAGGGGAAGGCCAAAUUUGUGCCUUACAGAGACUCAGUCCUCACCUGGCUUCUCAAGGACAACCUUGGUGGGAACAGCAAGACAGCUAUGAUAGCCACAGUGAGUCCUGCGGCAGACAACUAUGAAGAAACUCUUUCCACUCUGCGUUACGCCGAUCGAGCUAAGAGGAUCGUCAACCACGCCGUCGUGAACGAAGACCCCAACGCUCGCAUUAUCCGAGAGCUCAGAGAGGAGGUGGAGAAGCUUAAAGUUCAGCUGUCCCAGGCUGAGUCCUUGAAGGCUCCUGAGCUGAAGGAGAAGCUGCAUGAAUCAGAGAAACUUAUCAUGGAGAUGACUGUCACCUGGGAGGAGAAGCUAAGGAAGACUGAAGAGAUCGCCACGGAGCGCCAGAAGCAGCUGGAGAGCAUGGGCAUCUCUCUGGAAACAUCCGGGAUUAAAGUGGGUGAAGACAAGUGUUUCCUGGUCAAUCUGAAUGCGGAUCCUGCCUUAAACGAGCUGCUCGUUUACUAUCUUAAGGAGCGCACGCAUGUCGGUGCUGACACUUCUCAGGACAUUCAACUGUUUGGGAUCGGUAUCCAGCCGCUACACUGUGUACUGGAACUGUGCACGGACGGUGAUGUCACCUUGAUGCCCAUAGGGAACGCCCGGACCUGUGUGAAUGGAACAAUGAUCGACUCUUUGGUGCAUCUCUGGCAUGGAGACCGUAUCUUAUGGGGAAACAACCACUUUUUUAGGAUCAAUUUGCCAAAACGAAAGCGACGGGACCGUUUGAAGGAGCUGGAGAGGGCCUCUCCCAGGGAGAGCUUUGUGGAGGUGGACGUGGAGACUGCCAGUGAGGCAUCUUCAGAGCAGGACUACAGCUAUGAGUUUGCCCAGAUGGAGGUCAUAAUGAAGACUCUGGGAAACAACGACCCCAUGCAGAAUGUGGUCCAGGUUCUGGAAAAGCAGUACCUGGAGGAGAAGCGCACGGCACUGGAGGAGCAGCGGAUGAUGUAUGAGCGGGAGCUGGAAUCGCUUCGGCAACAACUUUCUCCUGAGAAAACACAACAGCACCACCGCAGCAGCAGUGAACGCCUCACGUUCCAGACGCACACACCGCACAGCAAGCUGCGACUGUGGACAGAGGAACGGGAUGAACUUUUCCGACAGAGUCUUUCUCGCCUCAGAGAACAGGUCCUGAGAGCCAACACUCUGGUGCGAGAGGCCAACUUUUUGGCAGAGGAGAUGAGCAAACUGACUGACUAUCAGGUCACGCUUCAGAUUCCUGCAGCCAACCUUAGCGCGAACCGCAAGCGUGGAGCCAUAGUGAGUGAGCCAGCCAUCCAGGUGCGGAGGAAGGGGAGGGGAACUCAGGUGUGGACCAUUGAGAAGUUGGAGAACAAGCUGGUGGACAUGAGAGACCACUACAGGGACUGGAGGGAAGGCUCUGAAGAAGUGUACAACAAGGGAAAUGGUAAACAAUGUGACCCAUUUUAUGAUACACAAGAGAACCACAACCUUGUAGGAGUGGCUAACAUUUUUCUGGAGUGCCUUUUCCAUGAUGUCAAACUGCAAUAUGCUGUUCCCAUCAUCAGCCAACAGGGGGAGUUAGCAGGAAGGCUGCACGUGGAGCUGAUGCGGGUCAGCGGCGCCGUCCCCGAGCGCCUUUGCGGUGGAGACGACUCCUCCGAGAACUCCAGUGAGAGCAGCUGCUUCGAGGUCAUGGACACCAACGGAGAAAUUGUCCACAUGGCCAAGAGGCUCAUUAUCAGGGUUCGCAUCAGGGAGGCGACGGGGCUGCCUCUCAACCUGUCCAACUUUGUCUUCUGUCAGUACACCUUCUGGGAACAUGGCGAACCCACAGUGGCUCCCCCAAUGGUCAGCCCAGAUAGACCGUCCCCUCGGAGCCCUGAUGCACAGUUCAUUGUCCAGUUUGACCACUGCAAGGACUAUGUUGUACAUGUGACAGAUGACUUUGUGGAGUUCAUAUCUGAAGGUGCGUUGGCAAUAGAGGUUUGGGGUCAUUGCUGUGCUGGGAACGGACGUUCUCCGUGGGAGUUAGACGCACUGGAAGCCAAGACUCAGACGCUCCGAGACAGGUGGAGCGAGGUGUCUCGCAGGAUCGAGCUGUGGGUCUCCAUCCAGGAGCUCAAUGAACAGGGAGAGUACGCCGCUGUGGAGCUGCAGCCUGGAAAAGACAUCAGCACAGGAGGAGUCUUCCAACUGCGGCAGGGCCACUCAAGGAGGCUGCAUGUCAGCGUGAAGCCAGUGCAAAACUCAGGAACUCUGCCUCUGCUGAUGGAGGCGAUGCUGUCUGUCUCCAUCGGCUGCGUGACGCUGCGCUCCUCCAAACUGCAGAGACCCCUCGACACCUACCAGAGAGAGGUGCAAGACGAUAUGGAUAGUUAUCAGGAGGAAGAUCUCAGCUGUGUUAGAGAGCGAUGGUCUGAGGCCUUAAUCAAACGACGGGAAUACCUUGAUGAACAAAUCAAGAAGAUCAUCAACAAGCACGAGAAGUCAGAGGAAGAUGUCGAGCGGGAAGCCCGCCUGGUGGAACAAUGGGUCGGCCUGACCGAGGAGAGGAACGCCGUGCUCGUACCCGCACCUUCAAGUGGCAUCCCUGGGGCUCCUGCUCAAUGGACCCCACCUGCUGGAAUGGAAGCUCAUAUCCCAGUCCUCUUCCUGGAUUUGAAUGCUGAUAAUCUGACAGUGAAUGAGCAGUUGACGGGCCCACAUGCUGCAGGCGUUAACUCUAUCCUGCCCAAGGAGCAUGGAAGCCAGUUCUUCUAUCUCCCCAUCAUCAAGCACAGUGAGGAAGAGGUGUCAGUCGUGUGCUCCUGGGACUCCUCCAUUCAUGAUUCCGUGCAUCUCAAUCGUGUCACGUCUCCUCACGAGCGCAUCUAUCUGAUCCUCAAAGCCACGGUGCAGCUCAGCCACCCUGCCUCUAUGGAGCUGGUACUCCGCAAGAGGCUCGCCGUAAACAUCUACAACAAACAGAGUUUCACACAGAGUCUCAAAAGGAGAAUGUCCCUGAAGAACACGCUUUAUUCCUGUGGUGUGACCUACGAGAUUGUUUCCAACAUACCAAAGGCCUCAGAGGAGCCAGAGGAGAGAGAGACAUUAGCCCUCAUGGCUGCCCGUGCAGACAGCGAGGAGACUCAGGAUGGAGAAACCUACAUUGAGAAAUACACUCGGGGAGUUCUACAAGUGGAGAACAUCCUCAGCUUAGAGAGGCUGCGACAGGCUGUGACAGUGAAGGAGGCACUCGCUACUAAGGGAAGACAUCUCAGAAGAAGCCUCAGCACACCAAAUGUACAGCAUUCUUCCUGCAGUAAAACAGACCUGACUGGUGGUGAGGAUGAAGACCGAACAAUAUGUGAGGACCACUGUGAUCACGUUGACAGCUGCAAUCCUCAGGAUGGCUCUCUGUGCAGCACACCAGUCAAAAACAAGGAAGUACCAGUGUUGGUUCCAGAGAGUCCUACAUUCUUCAACUCCAGUCCCUUCAAGCUUCUAUCCCCUCAGCCGUCCAAGUUCCUCAAGUCCCUGCUGCCGGUCAAGGAGGAGAACAAGGUGAAGAAAGUCCUGGAGGCCCGACCACUGCUGGGACAAGAGAGCAUGUGCUCAUGUGUGGACAGCCCUGCACUGCUCCCCCCUCCCUGCCCCUGGCACAGACCCAGGGCAGGCAGCGAGGGCCACUGCAAGCCUUCCACCCCCACCUCCACCUCCACCCGCACCCGCAGACAGCUCAGCCACACACUGCCACAUGGCGCUCAGGAGUCCGAUGAGGAGGACACUGCAGUGAGCAUGACUCUCAGUCUGGACCGAGGCCCACAAGACCACGGCGGCGGCCUCCGGGCGUACAUCCCCGAAGACUUUGCCAACUUCGACAUCUACAACGCCACCCUUGAGAGCCGCGCCGACUUGAAGGAGACGAGAGAGGUGUCUCGGAGCCCCACCACCAGUAGCUGCACCAGUGGUUACUUUUCCCACAGCGCAUCAAAUGCCACGCUGUCCGACCUGCCUUUCAGUUCCAGUGAGAGUUCCGAUCAUCUCAGCUGCACCUCCAGAGAUUCCCAAGACGUGCCCGGAUGUCAUGCUGGAAGGGGAUACACGCAAGUAAAAGGUGCUCCCACUGGAAGUGAGGAACAGCAGCCGCUGACCCACCCUACUUCCUUACCCAUCAGUAUUCCUUGUGGGAAGCAAAGAACUUUCCCUCUGCCUCAAAACUGCAAUCUCAGUUGCAGUCAGGAGUUCACUGACUUUAAAGGCGCGGAUGAUGCUAUUGCAGAAGAGGAUUUGGGUGAUUUUACCAAGGGAUGGGCGCAAGAGGGUGUUGCUAUCGCCCCAAAACUGAAGACGAAUAAGACAGAAACGUGUGACUCCUCUGAUGUUGCUAGUAAUAUGAACAAUUCUGACAACGCCUCUGCUGCUUUACACAGAUAUCCUGUUUCAAGUAACGCUGUAAUUUGCACCAUCGCCCCGUCUCCAACCUCAGUUACCACUUCUGCGUCGCCGUCCGCAGUUACAUCUUUGCCCAAAGCCCCGACUCUCAGAGGAGGAGACCCUCCGAUCCACGAGCCGGCGCAGGGAGACGUGCCCCACGGCAGCCCCUGUCCCAGCCCCAACCCCAGCAGCACGGAGCCCUCGGGCGACUCCAGCGGGGAUGAGAGCACCCCCGUCGCCCAGCUCCCUGACUGGAUGGCGCCCGGGGAGCUAGUGUGGGUGGGGAAGAGACGAGGAACGGUCCACUACGUUGGAGGGGUCGAGUUCGCCAAGGGAAUCUGGGUUGGUGUGAAACUGGACCUAGCAGUGGGUAAGCACAAUGGUACGGUCCAGGGGAGAGUCUACUUCCGUUGUCCCCCAGGCCACGGCGUGUUCGUGAAGCCGUCUCGUCUGACGAGAGGUCCGCCUUCCAUGGACACAGAACCGACCACCCUCAUCAGAUAAGACACAAAGACAACAGUCUGGGCCACUGCUUGACUUCUUUGGCCAAAAUUCUGAUUUAGAGUUUUUGAGUCUAAUUGAAGCUAAUCACUGAAUAUGCACAUGCUCAUUAUGCACAUAUUUUUCAUAUGUUUUUUGUUUGUUUGUUUGUUUGUUUUUUAAUGAAAAACGUACACAUGGAAAUAUUAGCCACUUCAAUUUUCUUAAGAAAGCAUAUUUUUGUAUGGUGUGGGAAACAUAAUCCGCUGAGGCUCAUAUGAUGAUUAAUCUGGGAUAUGAAUAUUAAGAAUGUACUACUGUCAAUAAGCCUUGAUAUUUUCAUUGAUAUGUGAUAUGUCAGGAGCAACCAAAGAGUUUCAUAUCUGCUGUUAGGCGUUGCGUUGCAAAGGGCUGGAAACUUUCCAUGGGAGGUUCGACUAAGGAAUUUAGGGAAGAUUUCAUGAGUAUGAAUGGCAGUAAACUGGAAACUAUGGUUUUAUUAAUCCAAACUAUCAUAAUAAUGAACAUAUCACUGUCUUAAACAGCGUGCUGGCAAAUGUAUAUACAUUUUGAGAACAUUCAUUUUUACUUUCUAACAGGGUAGAAAAAUGCCCUUAACUGCUUGUUCUAACCUAGAUUAUGCUUUUAUCCAACCAAAUUUAAAUUGUAUAAUUCAUUGCCAUUUCCCCCCCAUUAAUUCAUGUUGAUUUCUAUUUUUAUUCCGUUCUUUAUUGAUAAAUUCCUAUGAAUUCCAGUGGCUUCCCCUGGAACGUUUCCAUCUUUGAAAAUUACCCGAAUUUUGCAUACCAUGUUCUACGUUAUGUUUUACAUACUGUAUGUGGAGGAAGACAGCAUAUACUGUAUAUCUGUAUGUGCGUAAAGUUUAGUGCCAUGUCUCAGUACGGAAUAAUCCCACAUAUCCUCAAGAUCAACAUGAAAACCUGCAUUGCCUUCACUUUGUGACGCUUGAAUUAUCCUGUUGAAGUACUGUAACACUGUGGAUCGAACAAUCCCCAAUCCAGCAUGAGAAUCGUGCUGUUUGUACGCUUGCACUGGAAAGGAUCCUCAGAGACGGUCGGUCUCGCGUACCGUAACCGACCGAGCGAAUUCUUACGUUUUCAACUGAGAAAACUCAAAAGCCGUAUGAUGUCAUCUAUGUAUGAAGAUGUUAUAGACUCUGUUCAGCACUUGGAUUUGAGGAUUUUAUAGGCUUUGUCCGGAAACGGGAUACAAUGAAGCCUGAUGUCCCUGCUUCCAUAAAGGUGGACACAUAACCUUAAAAAAAAAAAGUGUGUGUACCUGUGACAAUGUCUAUGUUUAUUAUGAUGACCCCAGUGGUUUUCUGGAUGCCACCUCGCCUUAUUCGGCUUGACUGAUGUGCAUACCUUUUUUUUUUAACUUGUGUGUCCAUGUGAAAUUGAUAUGUUGACUGACUGAUACAUAAUACCACAUGUUAUUAGCAGGUACUCAAUAAUGCAUUAUGUCCUAUUUAGGAUCGUAUGACAGUCCGAUGAACGGCAUCACGUUGGAGAGGACGAAGUUGUGCUGUACGAACGUGGCGAACUGCAGACAAAAAUGUUGUGAUGUAUCUAUAUAUAAUGUAUAUGUUCGAGUUGUAAAUGGAGGAUCUUUCUCUUCAGCUGCUCUCCAUUUUGGAGAUGUAAAUACAAGGUUGUUUUUUUUUAAAAAAAAUUAGUAUUUACGCUAUUAUAAUGUACAGAUUCGUAUUUAUGUUGUAUCACAAACUGUUUUAAUUGGUACAAAAAUUUUCUCAAAUAGAACAUUUACAAUCAACCCACCGUGUUGACUUUUCUGUUGAAUUGACUGAACAUUUGUUUUUUUUAGCAAUAGUAGGUCAUGUUCAUACAGUCGCUGUCUAAUGAAAAGCAUGUACUGUAUCUCCAAAUAGUUUGUUGUUAUUGUUGUUUUUUUCAAGCCGAAGCAAACAAAUUUAUUUGUUAAAAAAAAUUCAAAUAAAGAUUUUCUAUGUAAAAUGUCAAUAUUUUUUUAUACAUGCGACUGUGAUAAUUAAUACUGCAGCGUGUUACUUUCUGGACUGUAAAGUAUUAGGUUAUUUUGAACAAAAAAGCAUUUUGACUGCUUCUUCGCUGCAUGUAUUUUUGUAUUGAACGUCAAAUUUGUGUUUAUUCUGUCCAAUGAAAACCAUGCAUCUCCAAGUAGAUUUUUCUUUGUAUACCAAAUAAAAACAAAAUAAUUUGUAAAAUAGUAAACAGUUUUUUCAGAUUGAAAGUGACAAAAAUGGGUCGAUGCAUGCUUUUCAUUAAACAGCGACAGUAGUAGUAAAUAUACUUUGAUGAUACUUUUCAUACCGCAUUGCGAUUCCCUCUUGACUGCCCACAUUUUCGUAUUGAU